UUCUAAAUAAAUGAAUCGCAUUAUCAUUAAUCUUAUCAUUACGAAACGCGUCAUACAUACAACCACACAAAAAUCUUCUCCACCCCUCUCAAUUGCCAGCACGUUACGAUAUUUCCCUAAACACUCGCUCCCACCAUAAUAAUCAUUCAUCUCCAUUUAUAUUCUUUUUCUUCUCUCUUUUCUCAUUCUCUUCAUUUUUUUUUUAUAUUCUUAAAAAUUAUUAUGCAUCAUGAACAAUCACUCUCUUUCUCCUGAGAAUCAAUAAUUAUCAUUUAACCUCACAUGACUAACCAAAUUCUCAUCCGUCCCCAGCCAUCGCAGCGCCGUAAACGGCGAGGCGCCGGAGAGGUGGCAGGUGGCGCGGCAGCGGAAUGCACUGCUGUCUGUUGCUGUUGUCCCUGCGCGAUUCUCGACCUCGUCGUAUUAGCCGUUUACAGAGUACCGGCUGGACUUUUCCGGAAGGCAUUGAAUCGAAGACGGCGUCAUAUAAAGAAGAACGGCGUUAGCGUUAAGAAAAACGGCGUUAGCGUUAACAAAAACGACGUCGUUUUGUUGCAGCCGCAGAGAUCAAGCAGUGGCGCCGGGAACGAUUUUAGGAUUGAUUCGAUUUCGUUGCAAGAGCGGUUAGAGAAGGAUCGGUCCGCAGAUGAGAAAUCCGAGGAGGUUACGCUAGAGAAGGAGAUGUGGGCCCGGUUCGCGGGAACCGGGUUCUGGAGAAGUGAUUCUCAACGUCUACCGUGAUUGAACCGUUUGAAACGGUGAACCGGUGACGUUUGUAGAGAGUGAAUGAAUUCGGCUGAAGAUGCGUUUCGAGCCAAAUGGAAUGAGACAACGUGUUGAUGGUUGCGGAUAUUUCUAGAGUUUGUUUGGGUUUGAAAAAAAAAUCAUUAUUAGUAAUAAAAGUUUUUGAAAAAAAAAUGUAUAUAUUUUAUAAAUAUCAGUAUUGUUAGUAAAAAGCAAAAUAUGUAUUAGGAUUUCUAUGCAUUAGGAUUUCGUUGCGGUCUGUGUUCUUUGAUACUAGUAUGUGUCAAAGCUCUGUGUAAUAUUUCACUACUUACUGAAUGGAUUCUCUAAUGCUGGUA